AUGCCGAGCAAAGAUUGGGAGGCUCAUAAACACGAAAUAAAUCGCCUUUACAUGGUGGAAGGCAAGCCUAAGGAGAAGGUCAUGCAGAUCAUGGAGAACAAUCAUGGCUUUAUCGCAUCCAAAUGGCAAUACGAGAAUCAAUUCCGAAGAUGGGGAUUCAAAAAAAACCUCGGCGGGUCAAGAAUCUGGGUUUAUGUCAGGGAGACGAACAAGCGGAGGAAGCUCAAGGAUAAGAACGAUGUGGAGGUCUUCAUAGAUGGAAUCCCUCAGUCACCCGGGAGUAUUGCAACUGGGAUUCGCCGACAUGCAUAUGAGACAGUGAUCGAGGAAAAAAUAAAUCUACUAGGUAGCACCACUGCCCACAACACCCGAAGGCGUCGUAGUAUGCUCUCCAGCCUCGAUUUGCGAUGGGAAACUAUCAUGGCCCUCCGACCUUCCCUGGUUCAGCUUUUCCAGACAAAUCUCUAUUCACAAGAUAUUUGCUCUGCUCCUUCAAAUAUGACGCGGAACUUUUGGAACACACCUUCUGCUCAAUUCCGAAGAGGCUUACUCCAAACACUGGGCUCGGCUGCACCGUCGGCACUCGCUCAUUGCCCGAGAGCCAUUCCAAGUGCCUCACAGACAGCCAUGAUGAUGAACCCUAUCCUCCCCGAAGAGCAGAAAGGCCAACACACGGCCACGGCGCGAAGUCUCUUGCGACGAAGUGCCUCGGGACUUACCGAAAUCAGUCUGGCGCUCUAUAUGCUCGCGAAUGGAUUUGAGCUCACCAGCAGCCAUGAUAAUAGCCUUGAUGAGUCAAAUUUACUGCAAGACAUCUUGGGGCUGACAAGUUUUGACAACUUGCCGAGCAUGAAGAACCUUCUCUCUCUCGAAGGUCUCACUGCGAAAGUGCUUGCCCAUAAAAUCUUCGAGACUUCAGUCUUCAAUAUGGAUGAAAAGAUGAUUCGGAUCAUGCUCGAGGCUGGAAUGGAUACCAACGUGCCCAUUUACCAUAAUUUCCAAAUCAUAACACCACUACAAGCUGUAUCAGGCGCAGACCAAUGCAUUGCUGUGGAACUGGCGAAUUUGCUUCUGUCACACGGCGCGUGUACCGAGGCGACAGGUGAAUUCUAUCCAGCUCUCUUCAUUGCUUUUCAUCAUGACAACAAAGAGCUAUUUGACAUUUUACUCGCCAAUGGAGCGAAACUUUCAUCACAUAUAUUAUGCCUUAUGGCGAAGGAGGAACUAGCUGAGGAAGAUGACCGUGUUCCAUAUUUCCAAGCACUUGUUGAUGCCGGUGCAGACCUAAAAAGUGCGAUUGAAGAAGGGGUAACACUUCUCGGUCUCGUAAGCAAUGCAAAGCUGAUCAGAUGGUUUAUCAAACGCGAUCUUGACGUGAAUGCCCCUCAAAGAUAUACAAGAAUUCUCUACAACCCUUUACGAGAAUUUCAUCACACUACCAGGCCGCUGGGAAUUCGCGCAAUAGCUGGAGACAUCGCGUGUAUGCGUGCACUGCUUGAGGCUGACGCAGAGGUCACUUUACCCCUUGAGCCAGAUGGCGCAGUCCCUCCACUGGUUCUGGCCGUCCAAUAUGGCCACACGGAAGCUACCCAGCUUCUUCUAGAUACUGAUGCGGAUGUCAAAGAUGCUGAUCAAUGCAAAUUGAUCGACGAUCCUUCGGGGGGAAGAACGCUUCUGGAAAGAGCUGGUAAGGAUUUAGAGCUAUUUUUGCCUCUCCUGCGUGCAGGGGCAUGGGCCCCUGAAUAUGAACGACAAGAUAUACUCUGUUGGCCGAUGCUAGAGGCCGUCAAAAGCGGUGAUAUUGCUACGGUCGCUUCACUGGUUGGACUCGGCGCUUCGGUCAACUCCUAUGACAGAGAGUCUUCGUUGAGUGCGAUCGCUCUCGCAAUACGCAAUGGAGACCUCGAGAUGAUGUCAAUGCUAAAGAAAUUAGGUGCAUCAAUUGCCGGCAGUCCCAUACCAACAAUUUUCAACGUACAGACAGCGGUAUGCCUAGAACAUGCAGGAUGGCUCGACCACAUAUUGUCUUUGACCGGCCGAUCCAUACUUGCAUCAGCUAUACUUCAACGAGAAGAUGCGCUUGUUUUGUUUCUACUCGAUAAAGCAGGAAGCCACAGCCAAUACUUCAUCACACCAAGGGCGGAUGAGAUUUCUAACCCUUCUGCGUCUCCUCUGGGGUCAUCAUUUUAUAUGGGUAACUUGCGAUUGGCCCAAGUGCUCAUUUCGCUAGGGGCCUGGGCCAAUGAAUCCGACCUGAACAUGAUGGUCUGUCAAGCCCUUGAGCACAAUAAUUUGGAUUCCCUUAACCAACUCCGCAUGACACCAUCCCUUCCAAGAUACAUUCCCACGGCAUUUGGGAUGGCUCUACAAACCAAUGACCUUUCAGUGGUCCAUUAUCUUUUGAAAUUCAAUUUCUCACCGCGCGGACAUCCAGUAGUGCUCUUUGACCUAGUCAAGAGACGCAUUAUGCCUCCCAAACCAAAAUGGUGCAAGUGGGAUUAUAAAGGAACAACGUGGUGGAACAUAACAUCUCCUUUCCCAGAUGUGGAAAUCCUGAAACUUGAUUCGGUCCUCCUCGCCGCGUUUAAUCACCGAGUAGAACUGAACACGUCCUUGAUCAACCUAGCCUCACCAGUAGUCAAUUCACAAUGA